CGAAAGAAGAGGAAUAUGGUGCUCCUAAGAAGGGAGGCUCAUAGAAAGCUUUGAUAUAUGCGCAUGCGUGAAUUUUUGGUAGCCAUUUUUUUCCAUCUUACACGCUGCAAAAGAAAAUAAAAAAAUAGACCCUGAUGCCAAUAGAUGAACAAGAAAAGGACCGCCCUGGUAAAGUCUUUGUAGGAGGUCUGACACCUGACGUUGCUGAAGAAGAUCUAGAAAAAAAGUUCACUGCUUAUGGUCGUGUAACAGAAGUCAUACUAAUCAGAGAAAAAGAUACCAGUCAUUCAAGAGGCUACGGAUUUGUAACAUUUGAAAACCCACUCGAUGCUGAAGAUGCAGUGAAAGAUUUAGAUAAAAAGGAAGUAAACGGGAAAGUGAUUCACGUUGAGCAAGCGGUAAAACCAAAAAGUGAACGAGAACGAAUAAGACGUAGAAGUCCAGACACAAGAAUGAGAAACGGAGAUGACAGAAGAGGAAGUUCAGACAGGAGAGGUGGUGGAAGUUUCAGAGGCUACAGCAGAGGUGGAAUGGGAGAUCGACGCAGCAGCUUUGAAAAAAGAGGUGGAUAUUCAGGGAGACGUGGAACUGGUGGAAGUAGUCGUCGUGGUGGAUUUGGUGAUCGGAGAGGAUUCUCAGGAAUGAGUGAUAGACGUGGUGGUGGAGGUGGAGGUUUCAGAGGAAGCAGAGGCAGCAGUAGAGGCGGUAGUUCAAUGAGAAGAGAUAGAUCACCAAUCAGAAGAGACUUUGAUCCCCCGCCAAGAAGAAGUGAAAGUGACAGAUUUGGAGGCCCACCACGUUCAAGAGACUAUAACCAAUCUCCUCCAAGGGACUACAACAGAGGUCCACCAGUAGACAGUCGCAUGCCCCCUAGUCGAAGUGCUUCAUCGAGAGAUUACCCCAGUCGUGAUUAUCCCCCACAGUCUAGAGCCUAUACUCCUCCACCUCCUUCUAGGGACUAUGGGUCAAGAGACUAUGAUAGAGGUCCUCCUUCCAGGGACAGAGGCCCACCAUCCAGCAGGGACUAUGGACCACCAAGCAGAGAAUUCAAUGGUGGGCCAAGCAGAAGCAGCUUUGGAUCAAGGGAGCCUAUGAGUUCAAUGUCAAGAGAUGACUUCCCCAGCAGCCGGGACACAUACAGUAGGGAUCCUCCCGCACGAGACUACCCAGUGUCCAGGUAUGUACCUGGUUCUUCUAGGGACUCCUCUGGACUCCGUGACAGUUAUGGAGGCAGCGCUAUGGUCCGUGAUCUAACUCCAACUAGAGAUUUUGGUAGCAGUAGAGGCCCACCAGCAAGAUCUUAUGAUGAUAGAGGUGCACCCUCAAGAGACAGAGGACCUCCACCACGGGAUUAUGACUCAUACAGAGAUAGUGGAAGAUCAAGUGGUCCACCUCCAAGCAGAUUUAAUGGACCAGAUAGUGGAAGAUCAAGUGGUCCUCCCCCUAGUAGAAGUGGCCCUCCACCAAGUAGAAAUGGACCUCCCCCAGGAAGGUUUAGCAGCCUUGGUUCUUCAAGAGAGACUUCAAAUAUUUCAAGACCAUCAAGAGGUCCUCCUAGGGGACCUCCAAGUCCAAGGGGACCACCCCCUAGGGAAGAUAGAAGUAGGGACAGAGAAAGCUUUAGUGCUGGAAGUCGAAGACCUGCUCCAUCUGAUAGCAGAGGACCGCCUGUUAAAAGAGCAAGGCCUGGAGGCCCACCAAGAGGAGGUGGACCUCCAUUCAGACGUUAAGUUUUAAAAACUUUUAAAAGUCAGUCAUUAUGUAAAAAGCUUCAUGUCAACUUUGAUAUCAUCGGGACAGAAAAUCGUAUGGACCGUAACCAUUUUAUGCUUUUAUGUACAACUUUAACAUUUUAUAUUCAAUCUAACUGUUGUCUACCCUGAUCAUGUUUGUGAAUAGACAAAAAUAAAUAAAUUGGGAUAUACAGAUAACAUA